AGUUGAAGAGAAUAUUCAGUGUUUAAUUGGUAGACAAAGCAAGAUGAAUGCAUGUUUGAAGCUGAAGAGAAAAGACAGAGACGAGACGCCAUUUAUGAAGAAUGGAAGACUGUUAUUAGAGGAACGUAUCGCCCUGUUCAAUGGGAAAUGCAAUCCUAUCCGUUUCUUUUCGGCCAAGGAGCUCAGCACAGCAACAAACAACUAUGACGAAAGUCAACUUUUUCUGCAUGAUGGUAGUUUUGAAUUUUACAAGGGUUGUCUGGAAGGCCGCUUAGUUUCAGUUAAAAAAUUUGAUGACCGUCGACACAGGCCUUUAGUUACUAGAUAUGAGGACAUUUUUAAAGACGUUGUAAUUGGAUCAAAAAUGAGUAUUCACAAAAAUGUUCUAAAGCUCCUAGGAUGCUGCCUAGAAACCCAAUGGCCGGCUCUAGUGUAUGAAUAUGUAGGGCACAAGAAUCUCAAAGCGUGCAUUCGUUAUCGAAUCGAGCCUUAUCAACCGAUACCAUGGAUGGGUAGGCUAAGGAUUGCAAUGGGAAUAGCAAAUGCAGUUGCAUAUCUCCAUACUGCAUUAUCCAUGCCCUUUGUACACAGGGAUAUUCAGUUGUCCCACAUCAUGCUGGAUGAGAAUAAUGUUCCCAAGUUGAUUGAUUUCUCGCUUUCUUUACCUAUUCCUGAAGGUCAAUUGCAUGCAACCGAUGGUGUUGUACGCUCGAGAAUUGGUUUUGUUGCACCUGACUAUUUUCUUACAAGCAACUUUACUCAGAAGGAUGAUGUGUAUUCUUUUGGUAAAAUUCUACUUGUGCUUUUGUACAAUGAAGCCCAUAUACUAUUCUUCGAGAAGGCCGAAUAUGAUGAACAGCGGUUGAUUGAAAUUGUAGAUCCGGAAUUGUUGAAAGAAAGUGUUGAUCAGCAGCAGUUUCUAACUUUUGGAAAACUUGCCCUGAGUUGCAUCUCAAACAAACGAGAAGAUAGACCAACAAUCACUGAUGUGGCUAAACAACUCAGGCAGAUUUAUGAUCAGUGUCUUUGAUCACCACCUUAGAUUAGCGAGGUUACAGAUUGAUUAAUAUGUAUAUUCAGCGUCUUCUAUGCUCUAUAAUACAUGCAUCAUUUGAAGGCACAAAUCUGUCAUCAAGAAUGUACUCAAUUGAAUAAAAAGGCAUACAUGCAGCCAUGUUACU